GGCCGCCUGGCGCGCCGCUCUCGGGCUCGAUUGCUCUUGCCUGCCACCAGUCACCGCCUCCUUGCAAAAGCCCGGGCCGGGCGGAGAAGCUGUGGGCUGACCUGGGUUCGCCGCAGGGGACGUGGACGCUGGCUUGCUGGCUGGCUUGCUUCCCUCUCUCUAGCAGGCAGUUGGGGGGACCCCUGCAGCCAUGCUGGACUUCGCCAUCUUCGCCGUCACCUUCCUCCUCAUCUUGGUGGGAGCCGUGCUUUACUUGUGCCCGUCUUCCAGACAGGCUUCAGGAAUUCCAGGAAUGACUCCAACUGAUGAAAAAGAUGGGAACCUCCCAGACAUCAUAAGCAGUGGUAGCUUGCACGAGUUCCUGGUACAUCUCCACGAGAAAUAUGGCCCAGUUGUCUCUUUCUGGUUUGGACGGCGUCUUGUCAUCAGCUUGGGGUCCAUUGAUCUCCUGAAGCAGCACAUCAACCCUAACAGGACAUCGGACCCCUUUGAAACAAUGCUGAAGUCCUUGUUGCAGUAUCAGUCUGGCCUUGGCGGAGGUGUGGGCGAGAGCUGCUUAAGGAAAAAGCUCUAUGAGAAUGGUGUGACCAAGUCAUUGCAGAGCAACUUCCCUGUCAUCCAGAAGCUGUCAGAAGAGCUGCUGGCAAAAUGGUUGUCCUUCCCAGAAUCUCAGCAUGUGCCCCUCAGCCAACAUAUGCUGGGUUUCGCCAUGAAGGCUGUCACGCAGGCGGCGAUGGGCAGCCGGUUUGAAGAUGACCAAGAAGUAAUCCGAUUCCGUAAGAACCACGAUGCGAUCUGGGCAGAAAUUGGAAAGGGUUUCUUAGAUGGGUCCCUGGACAAAAGCGUGACCAGGAAAAAGUUGUAUGAAGAUGCUCUGAUGGAGAUGGAAUUAGUCUUGAAGAAAGUCAUAAAAGAACGACAGGGAAAGAGUUUCAGCCGGCAUAUCUUCAUAGAUUCUUUACUUCAGGGGAACCUGAAUGACAAGCAGAUUUUGGAAGACACUAUGAUAUUCUCCCUGGCAGGGUCCAUCAUCACCGCAAAGUUGUGCACCUGGGCAGUCUAUUUCUUGACUACCUCAAAAGAUGUUCAGCAGAAACUCUACCAGGAGAUGGACCGAGUUCUCGGAAAGGGCCCCGUUACACAUGUGAAAAUUGAGCAACUCAGAUAUUGCCGGCAGGUUCUGUGCGAGACGGUGAGGACGGCGAAGCUGACACCCAUCGCUGCACGGCUUCAAGAGCUGGAGGGCAGAGUUGACCAGCAUGUUCUUCCCAAGGAGACUCUUGUGCUCUGUGCUCUCGGCGUGGUGCUGCAGGACAGCGCAACCUGGUCACUGCCAUAUAAAUUCGAUCCAGACAGAUUCCAUGAUGAAUCUGCCAUGAAAAACUUCUCUCUCCUGGGUUUUUCAGGAAGUCAAGAGUGUCCUGAACUGAGGUUUGCCUAUACGGUGGCUAUGGUCUUGCUGAGCGUGAUUGUGAGGAAGCUCCACCUGCAUCCCGUGGAAGGUCAAGUCAUGGACACUAAAUAUGAGUUGGUCACAUCCCCUAAGGAGGAAGCAUGGAUCACCAUAUCUAAGAGAAACUGAGAGGAGAACUCCAGUCGUACUGUGGCAGAAGAGCCCACCGGGUCACUUUCCGAUAUUUUGAUGUAAUCAUCUUUAGAUGCUCUUGGCUUAAAACACUUCUGUUCUAUAAUGAAAAUGGCAUCAGCCCAUAAAAUCUG